AAUGACAGCGUCAAAAGGUUUCGAGGGCUUGUCCUUGACGAAAGACAAGAAGAUUCCGGUUAUUCUUGAUAUUGGAACAGCUUACACAAAAUGCGGCUUUGCUGGUGACAGUUGUCCUCGACACAUCAUUCCAACUGAAGUACGGCGCUAUCACUCGAACAAGAUUACCCGGAUAUUCACGUGCGACCAGUACUCGACUGACGAGUUGUAUGAUGUGUUGAUAGAUUUUUUCAAACAUAUUUACUUUAAACUACUGCUGGUGAAUCCAAGAGAUCGACGAGUUGUUGUCGUUGAAUCGCUCUUUUCUCCAAUUCAAUUUAGGAAAACAUUGGCCAAGGCUCUCUUUCAACAUUACAAUGUUCCAUCUAUUAUGUUUCUUCCAAGUCAUCUGUCGGCAUUGCUCUCGUUAGGAAUAGCCACCGGUCUUGUGAUUGACUGUGGCUAUGAGGAAACCAGCCUGUUGCCUAUUGUUGAAGGAAUUCCUGUGAUGAAGUGCUGGCAGUCAUUGGAUUGUGGAGGUCGUGCUCUUCAAACUGAGUUAAGUUGCCUGCUAAAGGAAUAUGCUGCUGUCACUGAUGGAGAGACAAGUAAACCAUUACCGGCAAGUAAAGUGUGUUUAUCUGAUGAGAUACUAGAAGACAUCAUAGCACGCAUCUGUUUUGUUGGAAAGAAAUUGACUUCUGAACAGGAACUACACAUAGCUGAUGAUGUCAGACAACAGAUGUCAACUACUUCCACGCAAUCUGUUCCUAUUCCACCUUCUGUAUCAUACCCGUUGGAUGGGUGUACAACUCUCAUCAUACCAGGCAUUGUCAGGGAGAAAACAGCUGAUCUUAUUUUCAAACAUGACAAAGAGUCCAAGUCAUUACCAACAACUAUACUAGAUGUCAUAUUGAAGUGUCCUCUUGAUGUACGUCGCUCUCUCAUGGAGAAUAUUGUGGUUGUGGGAGGAACUGCUAUGCUACCUGGCUUCCAUGAUCGUUUGAUGAGGGAAUUGAAAGAUAUUGCAACAAGAGGGAGAUAUGCUCAAUCAUUGGUCAGCCGUGUAUUCAAGUUUCAUGCUACACAUGUACCUGCAAACUGUGCUUGCUGGAUGGGAGGUUCUCUCCAUGGUUCUGUUGAUGUUCUCAGUGACCACUCUGUGUCACGCGAACAUUUCCUAAAGACAAAACCCAAUCACUUGCCUGACUGGAUGUCGUGUGAUCCAUCAGCGCGUACUGUCUCCACUGCUGAACGCUCUGCCAAUGUUGUGUCCAGCUUGAGAAGGUUGUCUACACCAUCAUCCACACCCAAGCUACGAGGACGCUCAAGGUCAUUGGUAUCAUUGACGCCAAAAACUGGAGAGUCUAAAAGUGUAAGUCAAGUUCCAACAAUUUCUGAAGCACCGAUGAGUCCUGAAUGAAUGUGACUGAUGUCUAAUUAACUGAAACGUAGCACAUUAUUAUUAUUAUUAUUAGAAAUGAGUUUAUGUUAAUGUAACAAGAGUACAUACUUGGUAAUUGAUUGAUAAAUAUAGGAACCAGCAAAGGCA